AUCCACCUAAACGGGCCAAGCGAACAAAUGAACGAGGAAUGCGAAGCCCAAAAACCUUUAAGCCUCAGUUCCCGCCAGCGGCUUUGGGUCUCUUCAUCUUUUCGAUAUUGACGGCGCUCUACAAUUGAUCCGCCGCAGCGACGGGAUGAACUACGGCGCUUAUGGCCGCCUUAUCCAGCACUGCACCGAUCAACGAUUCUUCCGCCUCGGUAAGCAGCUUCACGCUCGUCUUGUUUUAUCAUCAGUCGCUCCGGAUAACUUCCUCGGAUCGAAACUCAUUGCCUUAUACUCAAAAUCCGGCAGCCUUAGAGAUGCCUAUAAUGUGUUUGAUAGCAUUUCUCACAAAAAUAUUUUCUCUUGGAAUGCUUUGUUUAUCAGCUACACUCUUCACAAUAUGCACGCUGAUAUGCUGAAGCUGUUUUCGUCUUUGGUUAAUUUAAAUUCGACGGAUGUGAAGCCGGAUAAGUUUACGGUUACUUGUGUUUUGAAAGCGUUGGCGUCUUUGUUUACUAAUUCGAUUUUGGCUAAGGAAGUUCACUGUUUCGUUCUUCGACGAGGGCUUGAAUCUGAUAUUUUUGUUGUCAAUGCUUUAAUUACUUUUUACUCGAGGUGUGAUGAGCUGGUUUUAGCGAGAAUUAUGUUUCAUAGAACGCCUGAGAGAGAUAUUGUGUCUUGGAAUGCGAUGGUGGCUGGGUACUCGCAGGGUGGGUUCUAUGAAGACUGCAAGGAACUAUUUAAAGCGAUGUUAGGUUCAGGAGAGCCGAAGCCUAAUGCAUUAACCGCAGUCAGUGUUUUGCAAGCUUGUGCUCAGUCAAAUGAUCUCAUUUUUGGGAUGGAAGUUCAUAAAUUCGUCAAUGAAAGCGGGAUUGAAAUGGAUGUUUCACUAUUCAACGCUGUUAUUGGAUUAUAUGCAAAGUGUGGUAGCUUGGAUUAUGCACGGGAGUUGUUCGAAGGAAUGCCUGAGAAAGAUGAAGUCACCUAUGGCUCAAUGAUAUCAGGCUACAUGGUCCAUGGUUUUGUUAACCAAGCAAUGGAUCUUUUUCGAGAACUGGAAAGGCCAGCACUGAGCACAUGGAAUGCUGUGAUUUCUGGUCUGGUUCAGAACAACCAACAAGAUGGAGUUGUAGAUAUAUUUCGAGCAAUGCAAUUGCAUGGUUGCAGACCAAAUACUGUGACACUUGCGAGCGUUCUUCCCAUUUUCUCACACUUUUCAACCCUGAAAGGUGGGAAAGAAAUUCAUGCUUAUGCUGUUAGAAACGCCUACGAUGGGAAUAUUUAUGUUGCUACUGCCAUCAUUGAUUCUUAUGCUAAGUCUGGUUACCUCCAGGGGGCACGCCAAGUUUUUGACCAAUCAAAACGUAGGAGUCUAAUCAUUUGGACUGCAAUAAUUUCAGCGUAUGCUGCGCACGGAGAUGCUAAUGCGACCCUUAGUCUUUUUUAUGAGAUGCUGACAAAUGGCAUUCGACCUGACCCGGUAACCUUUACAUCAGUAUUAGUUGCCUGUGCCCAUUCAGGAGAGUUAAAUGAAGCCUGGAAGAUAUUUAAUGUCUUGUUACCGGAGUUUGGGAUUCAACCACUAGUCGAGCAUUAUGCUUGCAUGGUUGGAGUCCUUAGUCGAGCUGGAAAGCUCUCUGAUGCAGUUGAAUUUAUUUCUAAAAUGCCAAUUGAACCCACUGCAAAAGUUUGGGGUGCUUUGCUCAAUGGGGCUUCUGUUGCUGGUGAUGUUGAACUUGGAAAGUAUGUUUUCGAUCGUCUCCUUGAUAUUGAGCCUGAAAAUACUGGUAACUACAUCAUCAUGGCUAAUUUAUAUUCACAAUUUGGAUGGUGGAAAGAAGCUGACCAUGUUAGGGAUUUGAUGAAGGAAGUUGGAUUGAAGAAGAUCCCAGGUAAUAGCUGGAUAGAAACAAGGGGAGGGUUGCAGAGUUUUGUAGCUAGAGACACUUCAAAUGACAGGACUCCAGAGAUUUAUGGAACGUUGGAAGGAUUGGUUGGGUUGAUGAAAGAAGGACUCAUUCAGCAACAUGAGAUAGAUGACGAAUGUGGCAGUGGUUAGUGCAUGGGUGAUCAUCCAAGGAAGCAUGGAACAUAUAACAAGACGACCUAUGAUGCACAUUGGUGUGCCAUUCCUCUGCUUGAAUCACGCUCCUCGAAGGGCUGUUGCGUUCCUUGCUUCAGAUAUCUCAAUCACGAUGCCUUCAGUUGAAACCACUCAACUUCCCUCGAGCUGCAUCUUGCAGGACACAUGGGAAGAGCAAUGAUCUGUCUAACCACGUGAACGUAACAAUUCCCUCAUCAAAAUGAAACUUUUGCCCAUAACACAAAGCUAAGCUGGGAAAUUGGGGAGAAAAGAGGUUGCAGAGAGAGAGAAAGAGAGAGAGAGUAGAAUUAUGAUUGGAUCUUGUGGAAUUCCACCGGCUUUGACGAAAGAGUGUUAGGUUGGUUGGUACAAAAGGAAGAGCCAUGGAUGGGCCACGCUUCCCUUGACUCUUCUUUGCUUGUUUUGUUGCGUAUCACAGAUAAAAAGGCAAUGACUAUCAGCUUAUGGAAAAAGGGAGUGAAUAACAGGUUGGAUUUGGCCCUU